GUUCUUUGUUUCUGAUUCCACGAUACGUUUCAUCUUCUCCCUCGUGGAUCUCCGGGUGAAAUUAUUGUUCAAGUUGGGUUUCCGAUGGAUUUAUCUUCUGAUCAAGUUGUGAUGAAGCUUGUUGAAAUGGGUUUUGAAAAGUUGGAUGCUUUGGAGGCUGUUACAGCUGUAGGUAAGUCAUGUGAUGCCGCUUUGGAGUAUAUUUUGAAUGGACAUCGUUCAACUGGUGGGUUUGAGCCGGCUAGUUCACUAUGUUUUACAAGGAGUAACAAGACCCUUGGUAAAAGAGCUAAGCCAUCUUCGUUUUCUUCGGGUUCAAAGCGUCAGUCGAGUUUGCUUGACCAUUUUAGAUCUCUGGACCAGAAAAAGCAAAAAGGUGACUGUUUUGGGACUGGAGUAGAGGAUUCUCAGUUAGUAACGGUGUCUGAUCCUUCGGAAGAGCAGAGAAAGUGUUUUGCUCCAAUGUGUUUGGAGUCUAGUAGUUUUACUGAAACAGAAAUACGAAAUGGUUGCGCUGAGGCGUCAUCAACGUGGGAGAAAAGAGUUAAUUCUAUACUACAAAACCGGUUUGGUAUUUCAUCCCUGAGAAGUUUCCAAAGAGAGGCUUUAUCUACAUGGAUUGCUCACAAGGACUGUCUUGUCCUAGCUUCAACGGGAUCUGGGAAAUCUCUUUGCUUUCAGAUUCCUGCAUUACUAACGGGAAAGAUUGUUGUCGUUAUUUCACCUUUGAUAAGCCUGAUGCAUGAUCAAUGCCUCAAGCUAUCAAGGCACAGAAUCUCUGCUUGUUUUCUUGGCUCAGGCCAACUUGAUAAUUGCAUAGAAGAGAAGGCAAUGCAGGGAAUGUAUCAGAUCAUAUAUGUUUGCCCUGAGACAGUGGUUCGAUUGAUUAAACCACUCCAGAAGCUUGCGAAGACUCAUGGAAUUGCUCUUUUUGCAAUUGAUGAAGCUCAUUGCGUAUCAAAGUGGGGACAUGAUUUUCGUCCUCACUACAGGAGAUUAUCCGUGUUGCGGGAAAACUUCUGUGCCAGCAAUUUGGAAUUCUUGGAACAUGAUGUACCGAUAAUGGCAUUGACUGCAACAGCCACAGUUCACGUACAGGAAGAUAUUCUUGCGUCUCUUCAUCUGUCAAAGGAAACAAAAACUGUGCUUACUUCAUUUUUCAGGCCAAACCUACAAUUUUCAGUUAAACAUAGUCGAACCAAGUUUGCAUCUUCAUAUGCAAAGGAUUUCCAAAGCUUAAUUGACUUAUACACUGAAAAGAGAAAGUUGAAUGGGAAAAAGCUAGCAGUAAUUUCAAGAGUGUCAGAUGGGCAGAAUGAUUUUGGUUAUAUCGAUGCUGAAAACAUCCAUGAGACAGAUUACGAUGAGGAUGACGAGGAUCAAGAAAACAAUCUUGCAAAGGAAAAAAAUUCAAAUGGGAAAGAAAUGUUAGAAGAAUAUCUGGAAGAUGAAACCGACACUUUCCAGAGUGUUGAUGAUUGGGAUGUGGCUUGUGGCGAGUUCUGCGAAAUGCCUCCUUGUGAAGUCCUGGAUAUGCCUGCCCCUUCCGAAAAGCAAACGGAUUAUGAAGGACUGACAAUCAUUUACGUUCCUACAAGAAAAGAGAGUGUCAACAUUGCUAAAUAUCUUUGUGGGGUUGGACUGAAGGCUGCAGCAUAUAAUGCAUCGUUGCCAAAAAAACAUCUCAGACAAGUUCAUCAGGACUUUCACGAUAAUAAGCUGCAGGUUGUUGUAGCCACAAUUGCGUUUGGAAUGGGAAUUGACAAGAAAAAUGUUCGGAAAAUCAUCCACUAUGGUUGGCCGCAGAGCUUAGAAGCAUAUUACCAAGAAGCUGGCCGAGCUGGAAGAGAUGGCGAAUUAGCUGAGUGCGUGCUCUAUGCUGAUCUAUCGAGAGCCCCAACGCUUUUGCCAAGCCGUAGGAGUAAAGAACAGACAGAGCAAGCAUACAAGAUGCUAUCAGACUGUUUCAGAUAUGGAAUGAAUACUUCACAAUGUCGAGCGAAAAUACUAGUGGAGUACUUUGGGGAGAAUUUUAGUUCCAAGAAGUGUAACAUAUGUGAUGUUUGUACUAAAGGGCCUCCGGAGCAAGUAAAUGUACGAGAGGAAGCUAAUCUUUUGUUUCAAGUAAUCAGUGCUUUUCAAUUGCAGGUAGAGAAUACCUCUGAGCAUGCACCAUAUGAAGAUUAUGGACUUGGCAACAGCAAACAAAAGAAAUUAUACAACAAGCCAAAUCUUCUGUUCUUUAUCGGUAGAAUCAGGGAACAGUGUCAAAAAUUCAAGGAAACAGAUUUUCUUUGGUGGAAAGGUCUUGCCCGUAUCAUGGAAGCUAAAGGAUACAUCAAAGAGAUGGAUAACAAGGAUCGUCGAGUUGAGGUUAAAUUUAUAAAGCCAACAGAAAAAGGGAACAAAGAACUUGACUUCGAAGUUGAAAAACCACUCUAUGUGUACCCGGAAGGCGACAUGCUGCUCUCGUUGAAACAAGAUCAAACAUACAGCGGAUUCUCUGAAUGGGGAAAAGGAUGGGCAGAUCCAGAAAUCCGACGUAAGAGGUUAGACAGAAGAGAAAGGAAGCCUCGAAGAAAAAGGAAACCCCGAAAAGAACGAUCACGAGGACCUUCUUCAAAGUUGCAUUCAUGUAAAAGCAAAGAAUAAUAAUCUCAACUCUCACAAGGCUCCUUCUUCUUUGCUCUCAGUCCCAUCUUGAAGCAGAGACACCGCACCAUCGAGAAACUUAAGCUCGUGAAUGAAGCUUUGGCUACUGC